AUGGCUUCAGCAGAGGAUGACCUCGCAUAUCUAUCACCCUCCUUCGACCCUGUGUCUGUUACCAUGCCACGAUUACGAAAUAUCUUAAUGUCACACGACAUUCCCUACCCAGCUUCAGCCAAGAAGCCGCAGCUCGUCGACAUCUUCAAUCAAGAGCUUAAGCCCAAGGCGCGUAAGAUAUUAGCGGAUCGAGACAGAGUCAGGCGCACAAGUAGGGGCAUUACAGACAUGCCGAGGAGUCAAGAAGGGACAUUAAAUGGUGACGCUGACGAUGACGACGAUGCCGGCUCGAUGCUGCCUCCGCCAGUGCCUGAUAUUCCACGACAAAGGAAACCACGCAAGAGCACACGCCAAUCGGUGGAGCCCACCGUAUCAGAGUCAUCCGUCACUACAAAAGCAUCAAACGGUCGAAGAAGCUCCAAUAAGCACGCCCGGCAAUCGGACACUGAACCUGACUUAGAACCAAUCCGUACAUCUGUACGGAAAAGCCGUAAGAGCGAGGCUACACCCGUGGUGAAGGUCCAAGAUCCAGAAGAUACACCAGUGCGACCGCCGAUGAGGGGUGGUGUUUUCAGCGAUGAGAACCCUUUCCAGAGCGGUAGCUCCCCUUUAACUCCAGGGGAAAACAGACGGAAGAGCGGUGGUAGAAGCAGUGAUAAGAGAAAGAGUUACUCAAGCAGGCGGAGGAUCGAAGGGGUUCUAUCUUCUUCAAAGCAGCAGGAUGGAAUAAUUGCCCCAACUUCCAAGACUUUCGAAGUUCCCGUUUCUAGGCUGAAGCAGUCCGCUAGCGAAGACGAGCCAACGGAUGGGAUCGAGGCUGGUGAGGAGUUCACAGCCGAAGAACAGCUGGAGUUGGUCAGAGGACGUGCGGCAAACGGAGAAUUGGACAUCCUCCCACCUCGGAAGAAGAAACGCCCACGGAAACCUCGCACAAUCCCUAAGUCCGCGCCAUGGGUAGUCCUUGUGGCUUUACUCGGAGGGUAUGCUACAUGGUGGCGUCAGGAAAAGCUAGCUGUUGGCUACUGCGGUAUUGGCAGGCAAUUCAAUGCUCUAUCGACUGUCCAACUACCUGAAUGGGCAGAGGUGCUGCAGCCGACAUGUGAGCCUUGCCCUCAGCACGCAAUCUGCUCUCAAGGGAUGGAGACCAGAUGUGAGCACGACUUCGUUCUACAGCCACACCCACUGUCUUUAAAAGGCCUAGUGCCACUGCCGCCAUCUUGUGAGCCAGACGGCGAGAAAGUCCGACGAGUAAAAGCUGUGGCGGACAGAGCCGUGGAAGAAUUGAGGGAGCGAAAAGCGCAGGCUGAAUGUGGGAAUUUGAAGAAUAGCAAAGGCAAAGAUGUACCUGUGGAGAUCGAUGAAGAAGAUUUGAAAAGAGAAGUGGGCAAGAAGAGAAGACGAAAUAUGGACGCAGCAGAGUUCGAAUCUCUGUGGAAGGGUGCCAUAGGGGAGAUCAUUGGCCGAGAAGAGGUCGUUUUCUCCUCUGAUGGAACACAUCUCCACCUCAGCAGCACCUCCCUCACCCGCCUCCCCCUCUCCUGCGCCAUCAAAAGAUCCGCGCGACUCACGCUGGCAAGAUAUCGACUCUCUCUUUCCAUCAUAAUCCUGUUCGGCAUCGCUCUUCUCUACAUCCGCUCGCUUAUUCUCACGUCCCGUAACGAUACAGCUCGUGUUCCCUCAUUAGUUGCCACUACUCUCGACCGUCUCGCCACGCAAGCGGCUUUGCAUGCCAGGGGAGAUGCAGCCGAAAGCUGGAUCAGUGUAGGACAGCUGCGUGAUGAUGUUCUCCGAGAUGAAUUCAGCGAUCAAAGGCGCGAAGGUAUGUGGAAACGAGUGCGAGCAGUAGUCGAGAGAAAUGCGAACGUAAGAGCCAGCGUCCGAGAAGGCCGGGGCGGGGACGUGUCAAGAGUGUGGGAAUGGAUUGGCAGUGUUGGCCUACUUGAAGAUGGUGCAUGGAGUGGUGGAGCAAAAAAAAGGGUGAUUUUGGGGCCUGUAGUCAAGGGGACGCCUGAUGAUAGGUCGAGUCCCAUGGAGGUGGAAGGACGGGAGAUGGUUGAGAAGAGGAAGUGGGACGAGGUCACUAGCACGAAAGGAAAGCUAGUAGUAGCCGUGAAUACUACAAGAGAAAAAUUGUUAUGGAGAGAGGAUACAGAUGGGGAUGGGCUGAUAACGGUCGAUGACUGCGGACCAAAGUCUUUCUUCUUGAAACCUCUGAAGCAUGAUGCAACUCAAGAGAUUGAGAUCAAAGGUACGUAUCAUCUAGCAAAUCUCCUGCAAGAGCUAUUCCUGGCGCAGAAGAAGGGGGAGGACUUUCUGGAAGUCGACUUGGAAAAAGUCACUGAGGAUCCAGUCGAUCGUCUCCAGCGAUUGAUCAAAACCAGCUGGUGGGACAACCUGAAGAGGAACAUCGAUAGCUCUGGCAUCGCCGUUGCAGCGAGAGAUCCCAAGACCCGCGAGGCUGCGGACUCUCACCCAAGAAUCUAUGUACCGCAUGGCGUACCACUACAGCACGCAUACUAUUCGAAGCUUGCGCGGGAAAUGCCAGACAUAAGCUUGGACGUACAAUGGCUUCCAGAAAGCGACAUCACGGCUGAGUUCAUCAGGAGCUUGAACGAUAAGCCUGGCAUUCUGGCGCUUGAGAUGGAGGGAAAUGACUCGAAUGGACGCAAAGAACUCAUAGGACUCCCAUUCGUUGUACCUGGAGGACGAUUCAACGAACUCUACAACUGGGAUAGCUGUUUCUGUGCUACGUCAAUGAUAGAUACGCAUCCACAUGUUGUCAAGUCGAUCCUACGACAUUUUAUCUUCGAGAUCAAACACUAUGGCAAAAUACUCAAUGCGAACCGGUCGUACUACCUUGGCAGAGCACAGCCCCCUUUCCUCACAGAUCUAGCUUUGAAAACUUACAAUGCGACCAAACAUGAGCCUGGAUCCAAGGACCUUCUCAAGCUGGCAAUCCUCGCCGCAAUGAAGGAGUAUUACAAUUACUGGAUGACGGCUCCCAGAUACGACGAAGGCACUGGACUCACCAGAUACAGGCCCAUUGGGAUUGGUAUCCCUCCAGAAGUUGAGUCAACGGGGUUUGACCACAUUUUGGAACCUUACGCCGCGAAGCACAACAUGACGAUGACUGAGAUUGGACAGGCAUACACCAAUGGUAAAAUCCAAGAGCCUGAGCUUGACACCUUCUUCCUCCAUGACAGAGCACUCAGGGAAAGUGGCCAUGAUACGUCGAAUCGAUUCGUGGGAGUCUGCGCAGACUUAGCAACGAUAGAUUUGAAUUGUCUGCUCUAUCGAUACGAAAUGGACAUCGCGGAGGCGAUUCGGACCAUCUUCGAGGACACUCUUCAAGUACCUGCUGAUUUUUGUGCUCCCGGUCAGGUGGUGGAUCGUUUCGAGUCAUCCGCCGUUUGGGACAUUUCUGCCAAAAAGAGAAAAGGAUUAAUUGAUAGGUAUUUGUGGAAUGAAGAGAAGGGUCUCUAUUUUGACUACAACUCGGUGACUCAGAAGCAAACUGAGUAUGAGACGGUGACAAGCCUCUGGGCUCUUUGGUGCGGGGUAGCUAGUCCGCAUCAAGCGGCUUUACUCGUUGAAAAAGGCCUUCCCAAAUUCGAAUGUGUGGGUGGUCUCUCUUCGAAUACAGAGAAUUCUCGUGGCCCGGUCAAUGCAGCGAAUCCUCAGAAGCAAUGGGACUAUCCUAAUGGCUGGGCUCCUCAUCAAAUUCUGGCUUGGGAUGGCUUGAGGAAAUAUGGUUAUCACGAGGAGGCCGAGAGACUAGCGUACCGCUGGCUUCACAUGAUCACCAAGGUUUUCGUGGAUUACAAUGGUACUGUGGUCGAGAAAUACGACGUCACGCAGCUCAAGAGCCCCCACCGCGUAGGGGCAGAGUAUGGGAACCAAGGACUGAGCUUCAAGUACGCUCCAGAGGAAGGUUUUGGGUGGACAAACGCAAGUUAUCUGCAUGGCCUCUCCCUCCUGGGCUUGGAUGCGAGACGCGCUCUGGGAGUAGGUGCGCCUUAUGAGGUCUACACCAAAGGCGGGGCGUGA